CAGUCCCACUAUAUUGCAAGCAUUCCCGUUAGUAGUGCAUCAUCGGUUACACCUGCCUACUCCGUUGUUGUGGCUGGCGCUUUGGGAGCGGUCUUUAUUUCGCAGGGAGCUUUUAGAGAAGAGAAAGCUUGUUGUUCAUCAGACAUCCCGUCAAAAGAGGCGAAAAGCACAAAUUCAGCACCACAGGAUUGAGGAGAGCGUCCGGAUUUGAGGCAAUUUUCCACCGGAGAGGAGGAUUUGAUUUUGGGAAUACACUACCACGAAAGGCGAUUUACACACUUUGUGGACCUGCACGUGCCAUCUCUAAAGGUUGAAGAGACCAUGACGACUGCCACCUCCCCAAUCUUGUUGAAAUGGGACCCAAAGAGUCUUGAAAUCCGCACGCUGACUGUGGAGAGACUUCUGGAGCCCCUCGUUACACAGGUGACUACUUUGGUAAACACAAGCAACAAAGGACCAUCCAGUAAGAAAAAGGGACGCUCCAAGAAGGCUCAUGUCUUGGCAGUCUCAGUUGAACAGGCUACUCAAAACUUCUUGGAGAAGGGAGAGCAGAUUGCUAAAGACAGCCAAGAUCUCAAAGAGGAGCUCAUUGCUGCCGUUGAUGAUGUCCGUAAACAAGGAGAGACUAUGCGCAUUGCCUCCUCAGAGUUUGCUGAUGACCCCUGUUCCUCAGUGAAACGUGGCACCAUGGUGAGGGCUGCCCGGGCCCUGCUGUCUGCUGUCACACGCCUGCUCAUCCUUGCCGACAUGGCUGAUGUUAUGAGGCUGCUGGCCCACCUUAAAAUUGUGGAGGAGGCCCUGGAGGGAGUUAAGAAUGCAACCAAUGAACAGGACCUGGCAAACCGCUUCAAAGAAUUUGGGAAAGAGAUGGUGAAGCUUAAUUAUGUAGCAGCCCGGAGGCAGCAGGAGCUGAAGGACCCUCAGUGUCGAGAUGAAAUGGCAGCUGCUCGCGGAGCUCUGAAGAAGAACGCCACCAUGCUGUACACUGCCUCACAGGCCUUUCUGCGCCACCCAGACGUGGCGGCUACACGUGCCAACCGGGACUACGUGUUCAAGCAAGUGCAGGAGGCCAUCGGAGGCAUUUCCAGUGCCGCUCAGGCCACCUCCCCUUCAGACGAGAAGCACAGCCAUGCUUGCAUCGGGGAACUGGCUGCUGCCCUCAAUGAAUUUGAUAACAAAAUAAUCCUGGACCCUCUGACAUUCAGUGAGGCCCGUUUCCGGCCUUCUUUGGAGGAGCGUUUGGAGAGCAUUAUCAGUGGUGCCGCAUUAAUGGCAGACUCUUCGUGCACACGUGAUGACCGACGCGAACGCAUCGUGGCUGAGUGCAAUGCUGUUCGACAGGCCCUCCAAGACUUGCUGAGCGAAUACAUGAACAAUACUGGCAGAAAAGAGAAAGGGGAUCCACUAAACUCAGCUAUUGACAAGAUGACCAAGAAGACCAGAGACUUACGUCGGCAGUUGAGAAAGGCAGUGAUGGACCACAUCUCAGACUCAUUCCUGGAGACCAACGUCCCUCUGUUGGUGCUCAUUGAAGCGGCCAAGAGUGGAAAUGAGAAGGAGGUCAAGGAGUAUGCACAGGUGUUCCGUGAACAUGCCAACAAGCUUGUGGAGGUGGCCAACUUGGCUUGCUCCAUCUCUAAUAAUGAAGAGGGAGUCAAGCUGGUCCGAAUGGCUGCAACCCAAAUUGACAGCCUUUGUCCACAGGUUAUCAAUGCUGCCCUGACUUUGGCCGCCAGACCACAAAGUAAAGUGGCCCAGGACAACAUGGAUGUUUUCAAGGACCAGUGGGAGAAACAAGUGCGGAUCUUGACUGAAGCCGUGGAUGACAUUACCUCUGUGGAUGACUUCCUGUCUGUUUCAGAAAACCACAUCCUGGAGGAUGUAAACAAAUGUGUCAUUGCACUUCAAGAGGGAGAUGUGGACACACUGGACCGAACUGCGGGAGCGAUCAGGGGCCGAGCUGCUCGAGUUGUGCACAUUAUAAAUGCAGAGAUGGAGAACUAUGAACCAGGCGUCUACACUGAGCGCGUGCUGGAGUCCAUCAAGCUCCUGUCUGAAACUGUCAUGCCUCGUUUUGCUGAACAAGUGGAGGUAGCAAUCGAGGCACUGAGUACAAACCCGCCACAGGCCUUUGAGGAGAAUGAAUUCAUCGACGCAUCCCGUUUGGUCUACGAUGGUGUCCGGGACAUCAGAAAAGCUGUCCUCAUGAUCAGGACACCAGAGGAGCUUGAAGAUGAUUCCGAUUUUGAACAAGAAGACUAUGAUACUCGCAGUAGGACCAGUGUCCAGACUGAAGAUGAUCAGCUUAUUGCUGGACAGAGUGCUCGGGCCAUCAUGGCGCAGCUUCCGCAGGAGGAGAAGGCCAAGAUUGCCGAGCAGGUGGAGAGCUUCAGACAGGAGAAGUGCAAACUUGACGCAGAAGUGGCCAAAUGGGAUGACAACGGCAACGAUAUUAUUGUGCUUGCCAAGCAGAUGUGUAUGAUCAUGAUGGAAAUGACAGACUUCACCAGGGGCAAAGGCCCUCUCAAGAACUCCUCUGAUGUGAUCAAUGCAGCCAAAAAGAUUGCAGAGGCCGGAUCCAGGAUGGACAAACUGGCCCGUGCUGUCGCUGAUCAGUGUCCUGACUCAGCCUGCAAACAAGAUCUCCUUGCCUACCUACAGAGGAUCGCACUGUACUGUCAUCAGCUCAAUAUAUGCAGCAAAGUGAAAGCUGAAGUGCAGAACCUGGGCGGGGAGCUCAUUGUGUCUGGGCUGGAUAGCGCCACCUCCCUCAUCCAGGCUGCCAAGAACCUCAUGAACGCCGUGGUGCUGACGGUCAAAGCCUCAUACGUGGCCUCCACCAAGUACCAGAAGGUGUACGGGACGGCCGCCGUCAACUCACCCGUGGUGUCCUGGCGCAUGAAGGCUCCGGAGAAGAAGCCGCUCGUGAAAAGGGAGAAGCCGGAGGAGUGCCAGACUCGCGUGCGACGUGGCUCCCAGAAGAAACACAUCUCCCCUGUCCAAGCCCUCAGCGAAUUCAAGGCCAUGGACUCAUUCUAAAAAGAGAUGCGAUGCACACACACCCAAGAAAAGAUUUACAUUAUGUUAACCCACCUGUUUUCCCUGCGUGUGUACUCUUUUACACCUCAGGAGGAUGACAGUACAUAUUCAACUGCCACACUCGGGCUCCUGUGAAGACUGUGGGUCUCUUAGCACACACACGAACACACACACACACACACACACACACAACUAACACUAUUUAUCAAUCUGAUUGUAGCUUAACAUGUGAAAGCCAAACUGUGAUAAAAGUAUGGCAUUAUUAAGAAUACAUAUCAGGAAGAGGUUUUUAAAAAAUGAUGGCAGUUGAUAUUGUAGUCCUAUUAUUAACAUGGUGCCGACUGACUGCUUGUAUACACAUUUAAAAAGUCUGGACGGAAAUCCUGGAUUGUGCUGUAGAGAAGAGACUCUUGGGGUCGGUACCUCUUUUUUUUUUUUUCUUGUUUUUUUUUCCAACUUGAAAUGUAACCAGUUGUAGUAGGAAUAAUAACUUGUUUAAGAUACCCAGAAAUGUCAGCAUCUAAGUAGUUCCCUUGUCCCUUCUACAGUGUUUAAUCCAAAGCACGUUAUCUAAUUGUGUUGCCUUUUUAAAAAAAAACAAUAUUUAAUGAUGACAUCACUAACUAUGAUAACCUUGAUUGAAAGUUGUGUAGCGUAUAAAUAUUAAACCGAGUGGUUUGACUAGUUGUGGUUUGCUCCGAAAAUCCAUGCAUACGCUUCCUUUAUCGCUAAUAAAUCCCUCAAC